UCAGUGUAACACACAACAUUGGCAGGCAGCGCUGAGCUGGAGUAGAGAAACAAUAACACAUCUAGCAGAUAACGGAAUUAUAUAAGUAUUAAAAUAUAUUGUCACCAGUAUAUUACCGAGUGUUGUUAAUCAAUGUAGCUAAUGGUGCUGCGAUAGGUAACAUUAACCCUCAACAUUUCUUAGCUGGCACAAGCUAGUUAGCUCGGAGCUAGCAUGCGAGCUAGCUAUAUUUAAUAAUUGUCGGAAAGUCUGGCAAGUGGUAGCUAGGUUUCUUAUAACCAUGUAGCUAGCUACUGUAAUGUUAAAUAUCAAUUGACAAACAAUUUGCUUACUCGACGUUAAAAUAUGUACAUUCAUUCAUCUUCAUUUGAUUUACAAGGCGAGCGAAAAUCUAUGUAUAAACAGUCUGAAAAUAGCUUCUUCAAAUGUGGUGAAAAGACAAGCCCUAUCAGUGUAAUUUUGGUUACUUCGGGUAGCCGAGGGAACAAAUUGCUCUUUAGGUACCCAUUUCAACGGGUUGCAGAUUGCACAUCUUCACUCACGACAAAACAGCGAAGUCCAUAUGCAUUGAACACUACAGGAGAUGUUCUUGAAGACCCGGAUGGAGAUUCAAGAGAACAAACUCCACUAACUGAUGAACAGUUGGUAGCAGGGUUCUCUGACAUCAUCCUCGCCACUAUCUUGGCCACCAAGUCUGAUAUGUGUGGGAAGAAGUUUGAGCUGAAGAUAGACAAUGUGCGUUUCGUUGGGCACCCCACCCUCCUCCAGCAUCCUCACACCAUUCAGGUGUCCAAGACAGACCCCUCACCUAAGAGGGAGAUGCCCACCAUGAUCCUGUUCAGUGUUGUGUUUGCUCUGAGAGCCAACGCCGACCCGUCUGUCAUCAGCUGCAUGCACAACCUGUCCCGGCGCAUCGCCAUCGCCCUGCAGCACGAGGAGCGCCGCUGCCAGUACCUCACCAGAGAGGCCAAGCUGAUGCUGGCCGUGCAGGACGAGGUCACCAACAUGACCGAGACUGAUGGCAGCCCUCAGUCACCAUUCAGACAAAUCCUUCCUAAAUGCAAGCUUGCCAGGGACUUGAAGGAAGCAUAUGACAGCCUGUGUACAACAGGGGUGGUGAGGCUCCAUAUCAACAACUGGCUGGAGGUGAGCUUCUGUUUACCUCACAAGAUCCACCAGGUAGGGGGAAACCACGUACCCCCAGAGGCUCUGGAGCGUAGCCUCAAGGCCAUAAGGCCGUAUCAUGCUCUGCUGUUGCUGGACAGUGAGAAGGCUCUGCUGGCCCAGCUGCCUUUGGACUGCUCUCCUGCUCUGGUGCGCCUCAUUAAGACCUGCUCUGCAGUCAAGAACCUGCAACAGCUGGCACAGGAUGCAGACCUGAACCUGCUACAGAUCUUCCAGAUUGCUGCUCACCUGGUGUACUGGGGAAAAGCCAUCAUAGUGUACCCUCUGUGUGAGAACAAUGUCUACAUGCUGUCCCCACACGCCAACAUCAGCCUGUACUCUCCAUUGGCUGAGGCGUUUGGCCAGCAGUUCCCAGGUCAUGACCUGCCUUCCAUGCUGGCCAAGUUCUCCCUGCCCCUCUCACUGUCUGAGUUUAGGAACCCACUGGAUGCAUCUGUGCAGGAGGCCCAGCUGAUCCAGAUGGUGGUGUGGAUGCUCCAGCGGCGCCUGCUGAUCCAGCUCCAUACCUACGUGUGUCUGCUGGUGCCCCCCAGUGAGGAGGAGCCAGGUCUGCUGCGGGACGAGGAGCUCCCCCUGGUGGCCCGGGUGGGGGGACGCAGCCUCAGCACGCCCAGCGCACUCAGCUUCGGAUCUCCAACUAGCAGUGAUGACAUGACCCUGACCAGUCCCAGUAUGGAUAACUCCAGUGCAGAACUGCUUCCUGGUGGAGACUCUCCACUAAACAGGAGGAUGACCGAGACGUUACUGGCCAGCCUGUCCGAGCACGAGCGCCAGGUCAUCCUCAAUAUCCCGGCUGCACAAAGUCCUGAAGACCUGCGCAUGUUUGCCAGACUGCUGCACUACUUCCGAGGGCACCAUCACCUGGAGGAGAUCAUGUAUAACGAAAACAUGAGGCGCUCUCAGCUGAAGACCCUCUUUGACAAAUUCAGAAGUGUUCUGGUGGUCACCAACCAUGAGGACCCUGUCAUCUCCCUCUUCCAGUCUCCUCUGGAGUAGAGAGGUCUGUCAUGAGGUGAAGGACCCUUUCUGAAAUACCAGACGGACAGAAUGACACGGACUGCUGCUGUACAAAGGCCUUAUUUUGGUGCUUGCUGCUUUCAGCCAACUGUACUCAUAUCAAUGCACCCCCCAAAAAUAAGAUUUAUAAAAGCAUAACUGUCUGCUCUGCUUGGGGGACUGGGAGUGAAUGUAUAUAGCUUUUAGAUGAUUUAAUUUGUCCCUUUCUCUCUUAGAUGUUUUACGUUCAAUGCCUUGUUUUCAAUACUACUGUACAUUAUUGAAUAACAGUGUGUGAAGAGCUUUACUGAUACCUAUAAACUGUACUCCACUUGAGCCUUUCCAUUUGGGGGAAUCCCAAAAGUGCUAAAUCAUCUCCAACAAACACAAUGUAGGAAAACAACCCUAAUGCUAAUUCCAGGCUGCAGGCAAGGCUGCCUCCCCCCAGGAGUCUCAGUGGGAGGGAAAGAAUGAAAAGAUGCCAAACAUCAGACAUGCUGUUUCUGCUUUGAGAGGAGGAGCACGGCGUUCCAAACAUCUGUGACAUCAAUGAUUCCAAGAUAACUUUUCAAGCAAGGAUGUUUAUUAAUGAGAAUGACUGGAAUGGAAAUUCUAGUUGCUUUGAUAGCAGGGAGGGGAGGCUAGAUCAAAUAUUUUACAGAUGUUUGGAAUGUAGUUUAAUCAUUUGUAGCAUACAAAUAUGGCAUAUUACAUAUCUGUGGGAUUUGUGUUUGGGAAACAAUGUGUGUAUCUAAGUAGAAGUAAUGAUAUAUUUCAUCUGGAUUCCCCUCAGAGCAGAAAUUUUGGCUUUGGGUCUUUUGCAAUGAUUUCCCCAUAGCUAGACCAAAUUACUGAAAUAGCUCAUAGCUGACAUGUUUUCAUUUGCAUUAUGUCUGUAAAAACCUGGUUAUAGUUAAGAUUAAAAAAAACAUUAAGUAUAUACCCA